AUGGCUUGCCAGCGCUUGCCGGUGGUGAUCGUGCCUGGCUUUUGCUCCACGCGCUUGGAGGUUGAAAGCAGCGAAGUGUGCCCCUCGUGGAAGGGGCAAAAGGUAUGGUUGGGGCUCACGAACAUAGGCUUUUCCGCCAUGCAUGGCAAGGGCACUUGGGAUGAUUCAAAUGCACGGUCUUUGAAAAACCAAUGGCUCCAACACCUUGUCCUCGCGGGCCCAGAGAGGGAAACGCCUGGAAUCAGGCUCCAAGCUGUCGAUGGCUUGGCAGGUGUAAAGUCAUUGGAUCCCGACAGCUUCAUGGGUUUAGCAGCUGAAGCAAGUUACGUCUUCUCACCGGUCAUCAAGGUAUUGGAAGAUCUGGGUUACAGGGAAGGGAUUGACUUGCUGGCCGCAAGCUACGACUGGCGCUUUGCUCCGUCUGCACUCCAGAAGCGGGAUGGGUACUACAGCCGGCUCAUUCAGAAUAUUGAGAUUUUGGACAGGAAAAACACAGGGGUUGUUUUGCUUGCACAUUCCAUGGGAAACAAAGUGGUGACUUAUUUUCUGGAAUUUGCCAAGAAGGAGAGAGGCCAAGCUUGGAUAGAUAGACAUAUCAACCUCUGGAUUGCUGCUGGCGCACCUCAUUCGGGAGCUCCUCAAGCCUUGCGCUCCACUCUUUUUGGCGACAAGUUCGGACUGGAUCACUUUGUCACUGACUCUGAGGCAAUGGCUUUUGCCCGAUCUUUGAGUGCCUCUCCAUGGCUCUUCCCGCUAGGAGAAGCAUCUCCGCUGUUUCACCUUCGACGAGGAGGGGUUUUGGAGAUCAAGCAAAUAAGUGCCGCAGUUCCGAACUGCGGCAUAUCUUCAAUGCACAACAAGGUCAUGAUCGCUUUGGAGGUUGACUGGGGUGCUGACAAGGGCAACUUGACCACGAAGAGCGCCAGCUCCUUCGAUGGCCAUUCAGCAUUUUUCGACGAGGCCAGCAACUUCAUGCAGUUCGCAGGCCCUGAGGAGAUGCCCGGCAAUGCCACGAUCAAGGCCAUUGUGAAGGAAAAGGGCAUGAAGAAUGAUGAGAAAGACAGUUGGUUUUCUCGCAUGGGUCAGGGUUUAGCUGCAGGUGUUAUGUUGGUAGAGGAGGCGGCGAUGGGGAGGAAAGGUCUCGGAGUGCCGAGAGCUCACACCGAGGAAGUUGCUUUGGCUUCCCUCCUGGGAUCCAAGGUCGAUGCCGAAGGAUUCGUCGAAGUACAACUGCGCAUCACCAAGUUGGCCACUGGUCCACUUUCUGCGCUUGGAUAUGGCAAAGCUGCUGACUCUGGGGAUUGUGUCAAGUUUCGCCUGCGCUGGCUGAAUUUUGAAAACAUGAAAAAGACUUGGACUGGAUCUGAAAAGCUCUGGAAAGGCCGUGGAACAGCAACACACCACUUUAAUUGCAAGAACGACAAGACAGCAGUUUACGAACCUCUUGGUGCUCGAGAGCUUUUGAGGAUAGAACGAUGUGAAGAGAUUUUGAACACCUGGGCGCAGUAUUAUGGAGAUGACCCAUUAUAUGAUGACACAGGUGAUUCCCGGCCACCCAUUCAGAAGGUGCGAGCUAUUCAUGGAGUAAACAUACCAACUGAAGUUGCAUACGCGUUGCGUGUGCACACAAUUCGAUUAAAGGAGUCCAAGAUUUUAACCCGACUGAUUUUGGACGAUCAGGCCACACUGAAAGACUCAACUGAAUUCAGCGUACAGGGUGGUGUUGUUCAUGCUACCCCUAAUGGCUUGAGUGGUGACGGAGUCGUUCCUUUGUCCAGUUUGGAUCGCUGCCGACAGUGGGCGAAGGCUGGUCUUUUUGAGUGUGAGCUGUCGUAUCUACCCGGAGUCGAGCAUCGCGCUAUCCUCGCUGAUCAGCAUUUUCAUCAAACAAUCAAAGAUGCAGUAGUUGUGAGAGAUGGACUUGCUUGCAUGGAUGGACCUGCGCGGUCCUUUUCGAUUGCAGGAACCUUUAGUGCUUGGAAGCCCCGAAAGAUGACUUGGGAUGGCUUUCAUUUUGUGUACGUUGUUUCCAUUGGACAGACUGGAUGGGAGAGCUUCCAGAUUUUGGAAGGUGGCAGUUGGGAAAGAGUCUUGUACCCAGACAUGAAGGAUGCGAAUCCUAGUCUACCCCACUCGAUCUUGGGACCUGACAACAAAAACGCAGGUAAAGACUGGACCAUUGGCAAAAACCGUGGGAAACUUUUAGAGGGUACUAUUCGCUUUGGUUCUGCCUUCAAAGUGAAGCUGGAGAUCUCUGGUGGCACACCUGCGAGCGUCACUUGGGAUCCCUUCACUCAGGUCCAAGUUCUCCACGCCAAAGGCGUUUGGCAAGUGGACUUGGGUGGUGGGAAGUGGUUGGAUUUUCCGUCAGAAGGCAGCGCAAGGGUGAAUUCGGCGCUUGAGUUAGGGCAUUCGUUUCUGGACUUGAAGAUAGAAGAGCAGAACUACAAGCUUGACCUCUUGAAUAUGCUGCAAGAGAAUGUGUCCACAAAGAAGCAGAGGCGGAUUCGGCAGAUCUAG